AUGUCCAAACGUACAGCGCAAGGUCCUCAAGGAUCCAAAGACGACGAGAACGCAUUCGCGAUGUCAAGUACUCCGGACGACAAGCCUCACAGGGCGACGGCUGCCCAAAUGGCAAGUAGAAAAAUCAAGGAUGUUAGACGUCGUCCCAGAGCCGGUACACCAACCGGCGGUGCAGCUCCUCAACCUUCGGUUGGUGCUUUCUCGUCUUUGUCGACUGGCCCAGCUGCCCCGGCGGCUUCAAGCUUCCAAUCUACAUCGUUCAAUUCUGCACCUUCGACCGGUUUCAACUUUGGACAGAGUCAAAGCCAGAGCUUCCCAGGAGCUAGCUCGGGACCCACACAACCCACCCAGACUGCCUCAACCCCUUUCUCCUUUGGGGGUAGUAGCUCGACAGGUUUCAACUUCUCAUCCUCGGGCUUUGGUGGUUCUGCUCCAUCUUCCAACCCGUUCUCCUUCAAUGCUGCCACCUCUACUCCCCAAUCCACUCCCGGCGUCUCUACGAGUUUCGGCGGAUUUGGCAACCAGCCGACGAGCCAGCCUUCUUUCUCGAAUGGUCUUUUCGGUGCACAGCAGAAUGCAGGUGCUCCUGCAAGUACCUCUGCUUUCGGGCAAGGCUCCACUGCGAAUUCUGCAUCAGAGUCCAUGCAAAUGUCGCCUGACGCGAAGCCUAAGGUACCCUCAUUCAGCGCCAACUCUUCGGCUACGCCUCAGAAUAAUCUCUUUGGUGGUUCGUCUGGAGCUUCAAAUCUAUUCGCCUCUAAGCCUGCCACUACACCCUCCAGCAAUCCGUUCGGAGGCCUUAAUGUCCCCUCGGUUACUGAAAAGCCUAGCGACAAAGCGGAUGGCUUCGCAGCCAAGCCCGCCUUUGUUGCACAAUCAACCCCUGCUCAACCCUUCGGUGGACUCUUUGGAUCAACACCCGCUGCAUCUACCCCAGAGUCCGCAAAGGCGAACACUUCGAGCAUCUUCUCUGCAGCCCCUGCCACAGGUGGUAAUCUGUUCGCUCCUAAGCCGUCAUCUUCGGGGUCUGAUCAAGCGAAUGCUUCCCAGCCUGCUUUGAACAACCUAUUCUCAUCAAAGCCAGCCGCAGAGACCCCUAUGCCCAGUAAUCCGUUCGCUCCAAAAGUAGCUCCGGAACAAAGCGCUGCUCCCACUACCAACAGCUCACAGCCUUUCAAAAAUCUUUUCGGCAGCGGGGCAUCUUCACAGCCUAAUUUCGGCAACAUGUCGCCAGCAAAGCCUACCAACGAGGCCCACAAUCUAGUUACACCCAAGCCAGCAGCGGAUCAAGCCACCGAAAAGCCUACCGAUUCUCAGCCCUUCAAGGGCCUUUUUGGUGGAAACUCUACGGCAGCUCAACCUUCCGAGUCUGAGAAAACGAAGUCCACUCCCUUCGGCUCUCUUUUCGGCGCUUCUACCGCGCCCAAGCCUUCUGAACCCGCGAAAGCUCAAUCUACCCCCACGCCGAAUGUGUUCACACCCACAUCGGCUGGUGAACAAGAAAAGCCCGCAGGGACCAACCCGUUCGGGUCUCUCUUGGGUGCCAAAUCUCCUGCGCCCAUUUCGUCCCCGUCUAAGGACAUUCAACCUACCCCUAACACGGGUUCCAAGCUUUUUGGAUCAAAGCCAACUAUGUCCACCAGUCAGUCCUCUAGCAAUCUGUUCAACGGCUAUGCUGCAGCCCCUGCGCCUCAACCGCCUCAGACUUCUUUAGGCACUUCUAGUCAGCUGGGCUCUACUGCCAGUACUGGCUUUGAUCCGGCUGCCCGGCUGCCUCAGUCUGACCUUCCGGCCAGUACCACCAAGGAAGCCACUGGAAAUUCUGAGUUGUUCUGGAAAGUCAAGUCCCUUUCCCAAUUUUACCAGAAGGAAAUCCUCAAAUGUGAGCCCGGAAGUGAUGCUUUUGACAAUUUGGUGCUCUUCUACAUGAAGGCUCGUCAGGCCAUGGGCGCACCUCUCAAACCCAAAGGUGGUGUCAAAUUCAAGGGCAAUGCGUACUCUACUAAGUCUACAGCCAACGCGCAAAAUCCAGCAGCCACUGCAGAUUCCAACUCUUCGAACACUGCACGUCUCUUUUCGCAGUCUUACUCUUCUCCUAGCAGCAGUCCGGCUAAACCAGUCGAUGCACCAUUGCAGGUGAAAAGCUCUGCUGCACCGGAGCCUAAGGCUAACCCUUUUGCGUCUCUAUCAACUUUGAAUGCCAAUGCCACUCCCAAGGAGAAUCUGUUUGCAAAGACUUCGACUGAGAACGCCACGCCCCCAGCCGAAAAGACACCAAUUGCUGCUCUCCCUGCGGCCCCCAAGCUGGCCGGCAAUAUGUUUGCCAGUCCCAAGCCUGCGGGAUCACCAGCUACUUCCGGUGUUCCGAAGUUUGGUAACGGCUCUGCUGGCGUUGAUUUCAUGGCCCAAUUCAAGAAGAAGGCAGAGGAGACUGAGGCCAAAGAAAAAGCUAAGCGAAAGGCCGAAGACUUCGAUUCCGACGAAGAUGAUGAAGCUGAGUGGGAGCGUCAAGAUGCUGAGAAGCAACGCGAGAAGCGCGCGAAACUCGAGGGAUCAGCCAUGAAGAAAUCCGUGUUUGUACCUGGCGAAGGCUUCAAAUUCAUCGACGUGGAUGAGCCCUCUCCAUCUGAUUCUGGGGCCAAUGCAUCUCAACCUGCGGAGAAGUCCCCCCUGACUGCCGCUUCUCCCGCCCCAUCCACGACUUCCAUCUUUGAAUCAUCUAGCCGCCCUCUCUCCAACUCCCAGAACAUUUUUGGUCGUCUUUCUGCCACUCCACAGCCGUCUGACGAUGGAAAGGACAGUGAUGAUUCCGACGAUGAGGCCAAGAACAGCUCUCCUAAGCGUCUUGCUUCGGAGGCCAGUAGGGAUGAGGACGACUCUUCCUCCAAGUCCAAGCACACCAAAUCGGGCUUGGACACACCACUUCCUGCCCCGACUGCGGCUGCUGGACGCAGUCUAUUCGAUCGGGUCGACUCGCCGGCGCCCCAGCGGGGUUCUACCAACACAUCAAGCUUGUUCGCUUCUAGCUUCGGUAAAUCGACCGCCACCCAGAAUCAGUCUCCCAGCGCGUCGGGUCUCUUCGGCUCUACUCCCACCCCAGUGGCCCCCAGCUUUGGUCAAACAACUGCGCUCGAGAAGGAAAAAUCUCCUAGCAAAUUGAACCUGUUCGGCUCUUCACCCGCCCCCACCGAUAAUACCUGGAAGCCCAGCAUGCCCAUCAAAUUUGGAAAUGACUCUCCUGCGUCCCUGGCACCGACUCCUGCCUCUACUCAGGCUUCUAGUGUCGGUAAUGCCACCUCAGGAGAUGCCACACCUGAUGAGGAAACCGCUCCUGGGGCUAUCUUUGACCUCUCUAGUGCAGUGAACGGUGAACAGGAUGAAACGGUUGAAUUCGAAUGUCGGGCUCGGGCUUUCAAGUUAGCCACUGGCUGGACCUCUCAGGGCACCGGUAUCAUCAAACUCCUUAAGCACCCUGACACGGGCCGUUCUCGAAUUGUCCUCCGCAGUGAUCCCGGUGGAAAUGUCAUCCUGAACACCUACCUUCAAAAGGAGCUUGACUACGCCAAGAUGAACAACAGCGUGCAGUGCAUGGUCCCCCAAGCCGACGGUAAGCCCGAACAUUGGGCCAUCCGUGUUAAGGCCGAAUUCAUCGACGGUCUUCACAACAAGAUUGAGGAACUCAAGAACUGA